CCUAAAUCCAAAGGCUAAAGUCGCGACGUAUCCUAUUCUUAUAUGUCGGGAUGUAUUCUAGAAAGCCUCUUCAUUUAUGUCUUUGGAUUUCAGUUCAGUUGGGGUUUGUUUGAUUUCCAGAGAAGCAAAAGAAACUCUCCUUCUCAUCAACGAGGAAUUGAUACUGUAAAUAGUCUUAACCACAAUGAGUGAAGUAUUUGAAGGAUAUGAGCGCCAGUACUGUGAGCUUUCAUCAAGUCUCUCUAGAAAGUGUGCAUCUGCUUGUCUUCUUGAUGGAGAGCAGAAGAAGCAGAAAGUUUCAGAAAUAAAAGGUGGAUUGGAUGAUGCUGAAGCUUUGAUACGGAAAAUGGACCUUGAAGCUAGAAGUUUGCAACCAAAUGUAAAGGCCAUGCUGCUAGCCAAGUUAAGGGAGUAUAAAUCUGAUCUGAACAAUUUGAAAAGUGAAGUUAAAAGAAUCACAUCAGCUAAUGCUAAUCAGGCUGCUAGAGACGAGUUGUUGGAGUCUGGAAUGGCAGACACGCUGAUGGUUUCUGCUGAUCAAAGAGGAAGGUUAUUGAUGUCAACAGACAGAUUGAAUCAAUCUAGUGAGAGAGUUAAGGAGAGUAGAAGAACCAUGCUGGAAACAGAAGAGCUUGGUGUCUCAAUUCUUCAAGACUUGCAUCAACAACGCCAAUCUCUCUUGCAUGCCCAUAACACGCUUCAUGGGGUAGAUGACAACAUCGGCAAGAGUAAGAAAAUCCUCACUGUGUCUUGUCUUCAUUUGCAGCUUCAUGGGGUGGAUGACAACAUCGGCAAGAGUAAGAAAAUCCUCACUGCUAUGUCAAGAACGAUGAACCGGAACAAGUGCAUUAUUGGGUCUAUCGUUGCGGCGCUAGUCAUUGCAAUCAUCUUAAUCCUCUACUUUAAGCUUUCUCAUUAGCAGCCAUUCGUCAGACAACUUCACGAUUGGUGUUUUCUGAUUGGUUUGAGUGUUUAUAUUUCAAGUUGUAUCUCAAUUAUACUUUAUCAUGCUUGCCAUGUGUGUAGCAAGAUUCUACAUAUAUGUCUGGGCUUGUCUCAUUGACUUGAGUUUGGGUUGGAAUGGUCAAAGGUGCAUCCAUUUGCAUUGGUUUCUUAUC